AUGAAUUGUAUAUUGCGAAGACAUCUGUUGUCCUUAUAUAAUACCUCAGGGAGGUUAACUUCUCGUGCAUUUUCUGAUGCCGCAACGAAAGAGAAAAUUGAUAAAUUAGUGAAAACUAACAAAGUGGUGGUAUUUAUGAAAGGUGUCCCAGAAGCCCCCAGAUGUGGAUUUAGUAAUGCUGUGGUACAAAUUAUGAGAAUGCAUGCAGUUCCUUAUGAAAGCCUGGAUGUCCUAUCUGAUGAAAAUAUUAGACAAGGUAUUAAAGACUAUUCAAAUUGGCCUACUAUCCCACAAGUGUUUAUAAAUGGGGAGUUUGUUGGAGGUUGUGAUAUCAUGUUGCAGAUGCAUCAAUCGGGAGAACUUGUUGAGGAAUUAAAGAAAGUUGGAAUAAAAAGUGCUCUGCUUACUGCUACAGAACCAAAAGAGGAAGAGAAGAAAUAG